AUGAUUCCUAUAGACACCGAGCGUUUUAAGCUUAAUCGAAUUCUGUUGCUUGCAAUUGGCUUGUGGCCUUACGAGCAAUCAUUACUUGCAAGAAUACAGUUUGCCUCGUUCUUUGCCAUUUUAAUAGCUUUUAUUGUAUUUCAGAUUACAGCACUUUGGACUCCAGAAUGUACGCUUGAUUGUGCAAUUAAAAUUGUUUCUUGCGCACUAUUUUGUACUGUGAGUGUGAUUAAAUACAAUUCUUUUAAAGUGAACUCUUCCACUGUGAAGUAUUUACUAGAACAUCUCAAGUAUAUUUGUGACGGACUCAGAGAUAAAAAUGAAAUUGAUAUUAUGAAACACUAUGGGAAUAACGCAACACAGUACACAGCUAGAAUUAUGUUGGUUACAUUAGUCUGUCUAUGUGUUGUUAUGUUGCUACCAAUAUUGCCACUUUUACUUGAUAUUGUUCUGCCUAUGAACGAAUCUCGAUCACGUUUUGCAAUGCCAAUUGUGACAUGCUACUUCAUUAAUCAAGAGAAAUAUGCCUAUUUAAUCUUGUUGCACACGAUGGUCGCUAGUUGUAUCGGAGCAAUUGCAAUAAUAGGACCAGGAACGUUAAUGAUAACGUAUCUUAAGCAUACGUGUGGAAUGUUUAAUAUUGUCAGCUAUCGUAUCCAGCAAGCAAUGUCUAGCAAGAAAUCGAAGAAAUUUAGUUUAGAGAAUAAAAAUGCGAUUUGUAAAAGUAUUGCUUAUGGCGUGGACAUUCACCGCACAGCUAUGGAGUUGAUUUUUCAGUACGGCCACAGUACUUACCGAACGAAACCUAUAUUUUACACCUAUGGAUAUAAAUCUUCAUGUUUUUUAAAGAUUUGCGACAUAUUUUAUAUCUAAUUUUGAGGGUUCAUUCUUCUGUUUAAUAGCAGUUGGCGUAACUAGCUUGAGUUUGAAUCUGUUUUUGGUUUAUCAUUCAGCAGUAGACGGAAAUAAUGCGAUGGAAUUUUUACUACAUUUUACAUUUGUUAGUGUACUACUUUUAUACAUGUUUUUAGCCAAUUAUGCUGCACAAGACGUUACUGAUCAUAAUAGUGACGUUUUUAAAACUGUGUAAGAUUAUCACGUUCUGCGUUUUGACCAAAUUAACGCGUCAAUGACCACACAUCUGUUUUCUUACUUAUACUUUUUUUUAAAUGUCCUUUUUCUUAUUUUUU